UUCUUUCUUUUUCUCCCCAGUUUGGCAUGCCCAUUUCCCAAUACGCUCUAAGUCCUCGUCGUGGCGUAGUGACUCGCCUCAAUCCAGGUGGUGGAGGACGAAUCUCAGUUGCCUCUGCUUCUGAGACCAUCAACCCAUGCAUCUUUUCACAUGGCUUGUUGAGCGCGUUACCGUGGAGAUAUAGACAGUGUGGAGGAUUUACACUCAUCUACGCGGCAUCCACACACAACUCACCACAUGUCCCACCGAGAGCGAAGCACAUUAUAGUGACCACGAGGAGGUUACCCUAUGUGACUCUACCCUCAACUGUGCCAAGUAGGUUGAUUUGGAGACCUGGCUGGAGUCGCUCAGCACACCCUAUUUUCAAACUUGCGACUCCAGUGGUGGUAGUCACUCGCUUAGCUUCCCAGACUCCUUUGAAAUGGCUGUUUCUUGCACUGUUUUCCAGCAUUUUUGGGGUGCUCCCCACAUGCAGAAUCUACAGCCCCACGGCAAAAGCAAACAUAUUUUCCCGAGCUAUGAAUGUCCGUUUGCAGUCUGAUUUGUACAUCUUUCAAAUGAGUUUGUCCUUGCGGGCGGAACACAACAACAUCCAGCGGUCGUUGUUUUCCUCUGAGUCGUUAUUAUUCAGACAUAAAAAAUCUACAUUGGAUCACACAAUCAAAGGUGCCCUCAAGGUGACGGGACAAUGUCAGAAGCCCUUUUUCUCACAUUCCAGUCUCAGCUCUCCGUUGUCAUGGAGACCAUCCUCAAAUCAGCCAUGUUUGAGAUAACCAGGCUGGUGGAGGACAGCUUCCUAGAGGAAGUUGGUCGUUGUAAACAGGAGGUAGAACUUUUGACACUAAGGCUGCAGUUGUCUGAGAGUAAACUGAGGGAAAGAGAAUGGGAAUGGGGGAGAAAGUGCACAGACUGUGGCCGAACAGGAGACUCCAGCACCAGAGAAGAGAGCCGACCUGUAGAGACAGUUCGAGGCCUAACCCUGAGAGAUCAGUCUACCAAUGGACCUCCAUUGACUGAAGACACAUGGAGUACUAGACAGCAACAGGAGUCUAACAUAAACACAGCAACACACUCACUUUCUAAAGAGAAGCGUGAUGUACACAGACAGAGUGCUAAAGAGCUCACCCCACCUCACACAAACGCCAAUGCACAGAUCCCUCAGGAUGUUCUACAGAGACUUCUGGGCAAUGCAGCUGUUCAUUGUGAGUCCACUAGUGACUUUAGAUCCAGAGUGUGUGAUGUAGACAAAUCUGAAAAGGACUUCACUCUUGAUAAGGAAAUGGACUUAAAUUACUCAAGACUUUUACAAAGUCCUUUGGCUGAGGAUAGGCAUGAGGAUUUGGCACUGUCUUCACCAAACAGUAGAGUAAAAUCAGAGACAGUGCUGGAUCUUCAACCAGUCAAGGAGGAGGAAGAGAUGGUUCCGGUGUGGGAAAGCGAUAGAGAUGACUGUUGCCAUGCAGAAAUGGCUGAUCCAAGUCUUGGAGUGCUCAGAGGGUCUAGUGAUCAGGAGGAGAAACAGGUAGAAAGCUUUCCAAGUCUAAACUCUCUCGAAAUGCCAGACGGCGCCUCAUUUUUCACACCUUAUUCAGUGAACACAUUGGUACAUCAAGGUAUUAGGGCACAACAUUUAAGUAAUUUAAGCACAACAGAGCUGGUGCUAUCCAGCUUACCAGGAAGGUCAAAUUCACUUGUCCAACAAGAAAACAGACCAACUCUUGGUUCAGAAAUUUCUGUCCCCUGUUCUCAUGAUGAUGUUUGUCCAAGCAGGAAAAAAAUCAGCCACUCACAACACGCAAAGCGUGAACAAAUCCAUGCAGAAAGAUCCCACCGUUGCACCCAUUGUGGGAGAACUUUUGUGAGAGCUUGUGACCUCAGGGCUCAUAUGCUUAUCCACAAAGGAAAGAAACCUCUAAAUUGUACCCAGUGUGAUCAGACGUUUGCAUACAACUUUGAGCUCAAGGUUCACCAGCAACACCACUCAGGGGAGAGACCUCACGUCUGUCCACACUGCGGCAAGGCCUUUGCUCGGCUGAGCAACUUCAAGCAGCAUCAGAACAUCCACACACGGGAGAAGCUCUUCAGUUGUAAUCAAUGCGGGAUGAGGUUCAAUCGAGCCACCAACUUGCGAGUCCAUCUCAGAAGACACAGCCACGCGGGGAAGACUUAUAAUUGCCCUCAGUGUGGAAAGAGCUUUCUGGGUCCCAGGCAAAUGAAGGCUCAUUUACUGAAAAUCCAUGGAAGAGGAGGGAAAUAAAUCCAUCUACAUUUCAACUUAAGAAACUCAACAUUCAUAAUCUUAUUUGACUUCAAAUUCAAUUUGAACUGAUCCUCAAUUGGUCUGAUGUUUACAUGCUAUCAGUGGUGUGCCCUGUUGGGGUAUAUUAAAAUAUCCCCUGUCCACACAUGUUUGAUCCUUGAGAAUGGAAACUCCCUUUUACUAUUUGACCCAAAUCCCAUACCUGAAUCCAGCGACAUUAUAAUACACCCAUAUAGAGCUAGGAGUGGUGAUUGCUCAGGGUGAGCCAAACUACAGUUGCAACCAGGCACACAAGCAGCAGAAAGAACAUUGGUGGACAUAACAUGCUGUAAAUAAUAUGAACAAUCCAUUUGCAAUAAUUUACAUCUUAAAGACACCUAAGCACCUGUAAAGCACCAGGACAAAUCCUUAUGCAUGGAUCUUUUAAAUAAUAUAUUAAUACUAAAUGAAAACAAUAAAAAAAUUUUAGCAGUUAGUUUGCUACUUCAAUUUCCACAACUAUAUAAGAUUCCCUAUAGUUUCAAGACCCCUAGCUUUUAUAGAGUGCAACAGUCUGGUUCCAGAAGUAAAUAUCCUAUUCAUGUUUUCUAUUGGUGAAGUGAUUAAUAAUGAUAACUUAUAAACCUUUUAAGACAGGCCUACCAUGAGCUCAGAGCUUCCUUGAUGGUAUAGAGCUUAUUCACAGUAGCGCCAUCUUUGAUUUUUAAUGGGAAUGAAAACAAGGCUAUGAGGGACAUACUUAUCUCUUCAAUGGCACGUACAGUACAAAGCAGUAUAAAGCUUCUAGAUCACAUCUGAUUUUUCACAACCCAUGUUGUCUGGAGUUCUUUGUAUACUGAAUGGAAAGAUAUUUUUAUGUUUUAUGUUUUGAUCACAGAAUGAUCCAUAAAAACUUUAAACUGCAGGACAGCCCAGUUAAGAGACUGUACAUCUGUCCCUCAAAGCCUUGUUGUUAUUCCCGUCAAUAAUCUAAGAUGGCGCUAGUGUGAAUAAGGUCUAUUUGCUUCUGUUGAAGUUAACAAUCUGCAUGAUUUCAACUUCAUUUUUUUAAUAUUGUGUUUACUAGUGCUUUUUACUGAUAAAGAACUACAUAAUCCAUAUUCCAGCACAGAAAGAUCCACCAAUCUGAGAAUCUCAUCCAAUAAAAUACACCGAAAGAGCCUAGUAGCAACCUUCCAUUCCCAUGACGCACUGUAAAUGACGUCAGUAUGUACACAUUUUUGUACCUUUUGUCUUUUUGUCUGAUUUUCAAAUACUUUUUUGUUUCAAAUCAAAGUUUGAAAUUAUGUCAUUUACCUUAUGAAAUCCCUAUGGAUAAUGUGAAUGGGAUAAAUACAGUUGAAGUCAUAACUUUACACACACUUAGGUUGAAGUCAUUUUUACUCACUCCACAGAUUUAAUAUUAGCAAACUAUAGUUUUGGCAAGUCGUUUAGGACAUCUACUUUGUUCAUGACAUGAGUCAUUUUUCCAACAAUUGUUUACAGACAGAUUGUUUCACUUUUAAUUGACUAUAUCACAUUUCCAGUGGGUCCGAAGUUUACAUACAUCAAGUUAACUGUGCCUUUAAGCAGCUUAGAAAAUUUCAGAAAAUUAUGUGAAGCCUUUAGGCAAUUAGCUUCUGAUAGGAAGUGUACUGAAUUGGAGGUGAACAUGUGGAUGUAUUUUAAGGCCUACCUUCAAACUCAGUGCCUCUUUGCUUGACGUCACGGAAAAAUCAAAAGAAAUCAGCCAAGACCUCAGCAAAAAGAAUUAUGGCCCUCCACAAGUCUGGUUCAUCCUCAGGAGCAAUAUCCAAAUGCUUGAAGGUACCACGUUCAUCUGUACAAACAAUAGUACGCAAGUAUAAACACCAUGGGACCACGCAGCCAUCAUACCACUCAGUAAGGAGACGCAUUCUGUCUCCUAGAGAUGAAAGAAGUUUGGUGUGAAAAGUGCAAAUCAAUCCCAGAACAACAGUAAAGAACUUUUUGAAGAUGCUGGAGGAAACAGGUAGACAAGAAUCUAUAUCCACAGUAAAACGAGUCCUUUAUAGACAUAACCUGAAAGGCUUCUCAUCAAGGAAGAAGCCAGUGCUCCAAAACCACCAUAAAAAAACAAGACUGCCGUUUGCAAGUGCACAUGGAGACAAAGAUCUUACUUUCUGGAGAAAUGUCCUCUGGUCUGACGAAACAAAAUUGGAACCUUUUGGCCAUAAUGACCAUCGUUUUGUUUGGAGGAAAAGGGUGUGGUUUGUAAGCCGAAGAACACCAUCCCAACCAUGAAGCAUGGGAUUGGCAGCAUCAUGUUGUGGAGGUGCUUUGCGGCAGGAGGGACUGGUGCACUUCACAAAAUAGAUGGCAUUAUGAGGUUGGAAAAUAAUGUGUACAUAUUGAAGCAACAUCUCAAGACAUCAGCCAUGAAGGUAAAGCUCGGUCACAAAUGGGUCUUCCAAAUGGACAAUGACCCCAAACAUACCUCCAAAGUUGUGGCAAAAUUGCUUAAGUUCAACAAAGUCAAGGUAUUGGAGUGGUCAUCACAAAGCCCUGACCUCAAUAUGAUAGAAAAUCUGUGGGCAGAACUGAAAAAUUGUGUGCAAGCAAGUAAAACCUGACUCAGUUACACCAGUUCUGUCUGGACGAAUGGGCCAAAAUUUCAGCAACUUAUUGUGAGAAGUUGUGGAAGGCUACCCAAAUGUUUGACCCAAGUUAAACAAUUUAAAGGCAAUGCUACCAAAUACUAACAAAGUGUAUGUAAACUACUGACUCACUGGGAAUGUGAUGAAAGAAAUAAAGCUGAAAUAAAUCACUCUCUACUAUAAUUAUGACAUUUCACAUUCUUAAAAUAAAGUAGUGAUCCUAACUGACCUAAGACAGUGAAUGUUUUCUACAAUUCAACGUCAGGAAUUGUGGUUUAAAUGUAUUUGGCUAAGGUGUAUGUAAACUUCUGACUUCAACUGUAAUUCCGUAACCAGGACGGCUGAAAAUGUAGGACCGUAACGCUCUAUUUAGAAUCAGAAUGAUUGAAUUACUUCAACAGAAAUUGUUUUGCUGUUGUAUUAUCAAUGUAAAAUAAUUUUUAUAUUUUAUAUAAUGUUUUUGUGUGCCCUCAAUAUCAUAUCUGCUAAUAAUAUUUUAGUAUAAUUUUAUGCAAAUGAUGCCCUGGCAUUCUAAAUUGUGAUCUAUAAAACUUAAUUGUCAAUUCAAAACAUAUCUUGAAAAUAUAAAAAAAGUAAAAUAAGUAUUGAUGCAACAUUCAAAGUAUUCUGUUGAGAAAAAGUAAAUUAACUUUUAAGAUUUGCUGAUUGAGCAAUGACUGCAGCUAAACACACUAUAUUCCAUAGAAAUCCAUUUCACCCACUUCAGUCAUUUUUCCAUUGUACCUCAUUGUAUUUCAUAGUAUUAUGCCUUGAUUUUUGUCUUGAAGUGAUUGUUAUGGGACAACUGCUCCUGGGUAGAAUAACACUAACAAAAUAACACCAAUUUCUUACAUGUACUUUGUAUACCUGCCUAAUGAUGUAUUAAUGGAGGCCCAAGUCUUUACUAAUUACUAUUUAGUAUUUGCUGGAAAAAAUACAUAAAUAAUGUUUUUAUUAUUUCGUUUUUUUUGAAGAAAGGUUCAAUCAAACUGACCAAAAUAUUAAGAAUAGGCACAUCAGAUUCAAGUGAUCCUUAGCAAAAAGGACAUUAAAUGAUGGAAUUGAAAACUUUUUUUGACAAAAGCAGUGCAUGUAAGCAAGAUGUGUUCAAAAAGACUUUAAAUUAUAGAGACAUUUAAUUUGAUAAUUGUUGUUUAUUUAGAUCUUUUUUAUUAAUUUGACUUAAAUGGAGAAAAUGUCACCAAUGUGACACUGAAACAAGACUACAGAUAUUUCUAAAAUGUUUACAAACAAACCUUCUGCACUUCAUAUGAAAUAUCGUCUUAAAUGAAUUUUGUCUCAGCUGUAUUAUAGCAGACCUGAUAUAUGUCUUUAAUAAAAAAAAAUAAACAGACAUAGAAAAAUAAAGUGAUCUUUGCAUUAUUCAGCCAGUAAACAAUAUAUACAGUGCAUCCAGAAAGUAUUCACAACGCUU